CUCGUGCCGGUCAAGAGCGUUUUUCUUGUAACCUAACAACUGCCACGUCUAAAAAUUUCUGUAAUGGCAUCGCCAACAAAAAAAGAUGGAUUGUCUGAGGUGGCUUAUCGGUUGGAAAAAAAUGAAGAAAAAGCAAAAAUCUUACAAGAAAUAUUUCGCAGGAUCAUGUUCUUUCCUUUCAUGGUCCAACUGUUCCAGUUGUGUGAACUACGCAAAGCAUUCAAUUUGAUGAAAAAGCGGCCAGUAGGAGACUGGGAAGAACAUUUAAAUUUUCAAGUGAGCUUGGUCAACUAUUUGGAAGCAGUCAGUUAUUUGGAAGCAACGACCGAUGACAUUUGCAACUGGAUCGAGAUUGAGUAUGCUAAGUUGGUGCCCAAAGGUGAGCUCUACAAGUUUCCAUUCAUACGAGCCUUAUUUUCUGCUGUCAUCCACUGCUCCAUUAAUUGCAAAGGAUCAAAUCUUGUCCAUCUAAACGAAAGCGUUUUCCGUCGUUGGGCUCAGAUACUCCAUCGCUACACCACUGACCAUAGCGUCGAAGCCAGUCAGAUUCUCCUCUUUGUUGCACAGGAUUACGCUGCUACUCUGAAAUACCAUAGUGGGAUGCUAUUUCACAUCUUAGGUGUACUCUAUGAGAACACAAACUUUUUAUCGUAUGUGGAAGAUAGAAACGAUUGGAUCAAAUCAAAGUCGCUUGACAAUAUGCCCGAUACCGUCGUUUUCUGUCUACUUCUCAACGCACAGCGAUUUCCGGAGGUUUAAAAGGCAUUGUACAUUUCUUUCCUUGUCGAAAUUUGUUCGAACUUGAAUUGUAAAAGUGUUUUCCUAAAAGUCAGUUUUGAAAUAAUUUAACUAAAAAUGCCUGCUACUCCCCCAUAAAAAAUAAUUUCUUUCAUAUGUAAGUUGAAUACCUAAUUUCCUACGCUAAUAAAUUACUAGACGUAUA